CUUUCUCUUGUCCCCUGGGCGCGUUCCGAGUGUCUCCAGCAUGCCUGAACCAGCCAAGUCGGCGCCGGCCCCGAAGAAGGGCUCCAAGAAGGCGGUGACCAAGGCGCAGAAGAAGGACGGCAAGAAGCGCAAGCGCAGCCGCAAGGAGAGCUACUCGGUGUACGUGUACAAGGUGCUGAAGCAGGUGCACCCCGACACCGGCAUCUCGUCCAAGGCCAUGGGCAUCAUGAACUCGUUCGUCAACGACAUCUUCGAGCGCAUCGCGGGCGAGGCGUCCCGCCUGGCGCACUACAACAAGCGCUCGACCAUCACGUCCAGGGAGAUCCAGACGGCCGUGCGCCUGCUGCUGCCCGGGGAGCUGGCCAAGCACGCCGUGUCCGAGGGCACCAAGGCCGUCACCAAGUACACCAGCUCCAAGUAAACUUGACAAGUUAAGAGUCCUGUCCUCCAACCCAAAGGCUCUUCUCAGAGCCACUUAA